UCCGGCUCAACUUCCUUCUCUUCUUCCUAAAUUUGGCUGCUUCUGUUUGAUCACUUAUUCCCAUGAAUUUCGUUCUAACCACUUCAAGACAGCAUAAACAUUAAACAGAACCUUCCAAAUCCAAUAGCAAUGCAACAUCGAAUAUUGUCGAUAUUUCCAUAGUUCAUGCACCCUUUAAAUUCGUCCGUUCAAGGUCAAAUCAAAUUCCCUUUCCAGUACUGUCUCCUGGCUCAAAUCCUGAAUCAUGGCUAGCCUGAAAUCUGUGGCUUUUUUGUUUCUCGUCAUGAUUUGCAAAUUUGUCAAAUUUUCUGAACCUUUCUCUGCAGCAAUUCACCCAAAAUUUUUAGCGCCGGCCCCAGAUUUUUCUCCACCAAUAUCCGUUUCCCCUACCUGUAGUCCUGUUCCUUACUCGCCAGAACCCUCUACACCUCCCUACCUGCCAAGUCCAAGUCCAAGUCCAGCUCCAAGUCCAACUUCUUACCCGCCGGUGCCUGCAGCUUCUCCAAUUCCUCAAGGAAUCAAAGCUGCUUAUUGGCCAUCAUUUGAUUCCUUUCCAGCUUCCUCCAUUGACACUUCGUUUUUCACCCAUAUUUAUUACGCCUUCCUGUUGCCCGAACCUAACACUUUCAAACUCAACAUUACCCUAUUGGACCAACAAAAGUUAUUUGAAUUCAGGAUUGGGCUAAGCGCCAAAAACCCACCCAUUCAGACUAUACUUUCCAUAGGAGGAGGCGGGAAUGACCCGGAUGUAUUUGCUCAAAUGGCAAGUACCCAAGAAACCCGUGGGGCUUUCAUUAAUUCCACUAUCGAAGUGGCUCGAACAUACGAAUUUAAUGGUGUUGACUUAGACUGGGAGUUCCCUGCAACUGUCAACGACAUGGCAAAUCUUGUGUUGCUGUUCAAGGAAUGGAGAAAAGCACUCAAAAUUGAAGCCAAAACUAGUGGAAAACCACGUUUGCUUUUAACUUCUGCUGUGUAUUACUCUCCAGAGUUCACUAGUUAUGGCUUGUCUCGAUCUUAUCCAGCCCAUGCUAUAGCCAAAUAUUUAGAUUGGGCUAGUCCAAUGUGUUAUGAUUAUCAUGGAAAAUGGGAUAAUUUCACUGGGAUACAUUCAGCUCUGUAUGAUCCCAAUGGUACUAUUAGCAGUAGCUAUGGAAUUGGGUCUUGGAUUCGGGCUGGGGUGCCGCCCAAAAAGUUGGUGAUGGGGUUGGCAUCAUAUGGGCAUACAUGGAAGCUCAAGGAUCCGAAUAUUAAUGGAAUUGGGGCACCAGCAAUUGGUGUGGGACCUGGAGAUGAAGAUGGGCUCUAUAAUUAUUAUGCCAUCGUUGAUUUUAACAACAAGAAUAAUGCUACAGUCAAGUUUGAUUCGACAACUGUGUCCUACUAUUCAUACGUUGGAGACUCCUGGAUUGGGUACGAUGAAGUUGGGUCCAUUAAACUGAAGGUUCGGUUUGCACGGUUUAAGGGCUUGGCUGGAUAUUUCUUUUGGGCUCUUGGUUAUGAUAAGGAUUGGGCUCUCUCAAAACAAGCUGCAAGGGAAUGGGAUUACAAUAAACAUUGAGCAAAACCAUUCGUUGCAUCUUCAUCAGCAUUUAUGAACUCUAGUUGUUCAUUCAAUAAUAAUAAUUAUUAUUAUCAUUAAACAUGAAUGCUGUAGGA